UCAUAUUUUGCAAACGUUACAAGAUGCCGUACACGGAAUCAGAUAGCCUUACUCCCUGCCUUGGACAGAGAUCAUGCGCAAACUCAUAGGCAUACUUGCGGUGUAGAAAUCCACGUGUAUCCGUAAUGUCGUUAGGCUAAUAAUGCAUCAAUUGAGAUUGAUUACAAGUAAAAGAACACUACAUGGCCAAGAUCACAACAAACCAUGUUCCAUGUUCGCCUUACAUGAUCUUCCUCCAUAGCCCGCCAGACAACCGAUCAAGCGCCAAUAGUUUCACGCAAGGUUACAUAGCUAAGAAGAAGCGCAGCAGUCGACGGCGCGAGCCUCCUCUUCCCGUCGAGAGGGACCGGGCCUCUCCGCGAGACAAGCAUCAACAGGAACAGGCAGGAACAGCAACAACACCAAGGACGACGACGACGACUUUUGACGCAUCUCUUUUCCCUGACAUCCCGAGAGUCUCGCGUUUUCUCACGGGGCUUACGGAUUACCACUACGAUGUGAGCGAGCGUAUUACAUGCACAGCGGUAAAGAGCGCGUCCUGUUCCGGAGAGAUCUGCGCAUCGUAUCUUAUAGGGAACAAUGGAUAUAGACAGGUAUUAUCAUCAAUCACACGGGUUCUUCUCUUUUCAUCCAUUCGCUACGUACUUAGUAUGAUACUACAUGAUGUGGUAACGUGUGCGCACAACGAUGCGAUGCAUGCUACACUGCUGCUCACUCACGCACCUGAGGAGGAGCUAACCUCGACAUGUGCCCGCGUGAUGGGCUUUCUGCGAAAUGCCAUGCGUCAAUCCCCCGCGCGGGGAAUCAGAAUCUUACGGCUGUGCGUAGCACAGUCCUACGAAUGGGUGGUAGUGAGGCGUUCCUAGCUGAGGCUCUAACUUGGUUUGUUUCUGGCCAAUGUCUCCUCAUCGUAUGGCAUGAGGCCAUCGUGGGCUUCUUUUUUGGGGGCGUGUUUGGCUUUGGGACCAUGACCGCAUACAACACUCUGGAGAUGCCCGAUGAUGGAAAGAUCGGUCCACUGUGGACAAGUAGGUAACCUACCACUAAAUACUUUGCGACUGGCU